UCAAAUUUAAUAUCUCACCUUCCUCCGGCCAACUGGCCGGGGCUCACGCUAGUAACUUUAUAUAUGUUCAAUUAAUGAUCCUCAAGAUCAUCGACUUCGUCGUUUCACAGAAAAGCCAAAAGUUAUUAAUUAUUAAAUAUAACGAAGUACUUUCUAGGGAAAUUUAAAUUUUGCCUAAAAUUAAAGGUCCGUGUCGGGAAAGUUUGCCUAAAGUAUAAACGUACUACACUACUCUAUGGAAAUAUUGGGGGUACUUUCCCAUCUUAUCGUCAUUUUGUCAUAUAAUUAUGCAAAUGAGAAUUGAUGAAAUUAAUUAAGUAUCAAUAAUUACAUUAAUGAUGUUACGUCCUAUGCUCUGAAAUUUCCAAGUUGUUGUCUCAUAUAACCUAAAGAUGAUUUCAAAGCAAAGCUUUUUCAAAAUGGAUAACACUGUGCCACCACAUGCAUAUAUAUAUAUAUAUAUAUAGCACGUAUCAGAAUGUACAGCCAAGCUAAAUUAAGAAGAAACAACAACAACAACAACAACAACACCGUCACCAAUCUCCCCGACGACGUUACGAAAUAUGGCUGGGAAUGGUCGGUUAGGGUUCUUCUUGCAUCUGAUCCUGAUCAGUACAAUUGGCGGCGGCUGCUUCUCCUCGUCGUCGUCGCAAAUAUGCUCCUCAUCUCAAGGAUCCUGCAAUCCCGAUGCCUUCGAUAGCGGGCUGAUGGACGCCCAACUGAAGAUACUGCAGAAUCUGCAACUGCACGAAGGUUGUCGCCACUUCGAUUACUACGGUGGUUCGCCCGAUCACCAAGUCCACGUAUCCUCCGACAUUUACUCGUAUUGCGCAAUGGAUUUCGGUACUACAGAGUGCUUGAACUGCUUAGGUGAGGCCGUGCGAGCUGUACUAGAUGGCUGUUCGAACAAGAUCGGUGCUCAGUACGCGUUGGAGGGGUGUUGUAUUAGGUACGAGACGUCGUACACGUUUUGUUAAGGCUCUAAAUUUAUAUAGGCAAGGAACGCACGAUUAUAAAUGUCAGAGGGCUAAUACCACUGCAAAAACCCAAACUGUUAACUUUGUGUCAUUUGUGUACUAAAGUAUCCGAUAUGACAUUUGUGUCAUGACGUAUGAUACUUGUGUGUCAUUUAAGUCUUGACAAUUUCGUUGACUGUUAUAGAUAACGGUUGACCAAACGGUCAACCAUAAAAUGUUGACUGUUGGUUACAUAUGUGGCAGCCACAUAUGCGCCAUGUUAGCUGCCACAUCAGCUCAUUAACACAUAAUAUUUUAAAUAAAUUUUUUAAUGUAAAAUAAUAAAAUUAAAAAAAAAAUCUAUUUUUAACCCCUUCCGCCGCAACCACCCUCUCUCAUUUGCUUUUCAUCGUGCUGACAUCCAAUUACGGCAUCCCUUGCCGCUCUCUGGUUUUUCCGGUCGGCCGAGCUCCGCAGUCGCUCUUUCCUCUCUCUUUUUCUUUGUAAAAUCGACUCACUCCCCUACCUUCUUCAUCUCUACCUUACAGUGCUGACGAACUGUUUUUGGCAUCAAAAAUGUUUUUUUUUCUGACCAAAUAGUACUUACGAACUUUUAAUGGUGUCAAAAAUAAUUUUUGUGACCAAUUAGUGCUGACGAACUGUUUAUGGCGUCAAAAUUAAUAAUUUUUUUUUGACAAUCGUCUUGGUCGUCAAUAAUAAUCACUUUUUUCUGACGGUAAUUUUUUAUUGGUUUGUAAUAUUGAGUAUUUCUAACGCGGAAAAUGAUAUCGUCUAAAAUAAUGAAUGUGGAAAAUUGAAACCGGCCCAAAAUUCAUAUUAAUGAUGAAAAAACACAAUUAUUUACGAAAAUUUAACUCUGUCAGUAAUGAUGCAUAUAAUACCGACGAAAAUUGUUGGUCGUCGGAAUUAUGCAUCUUUUUCGACGCAAUUUCUAAGUCGUCAAUAAUUUUUCGUCACAACUGUCUGCCAUUUUUGUAGUGUAGUAUCACGACCACCACCGCGAGCAUUGAGUAAGCUGCCAUUUGAUCUUCCGGCUGAGCUUAGCUUUCUCUGUGCUUUGUAGAGAUGGUAAGCUCUCUCUAUAUAUAUAGGGGGAUAGAGAUGCAUAUAUAUGUAUAGCGCUAAGGCGGCAAUGGUAUCCAUAGCAAGAAUGGCGGCAUAAAAUCCAGAUGUUUAAUUAUUUGGUCAUCAAUCAUCGUAUUCGUCGAUCAAAUAUGGUGGUUUGGUCCGGGCGCUGCUUGGAGUAUCCCGUAUACGCUGCAUAUUAAUGGCUGCUCGGCAAAUAUACUUGCAUGGUAUAACUCUGCUGCAGAGAAUAGAGGUGCUUAUGUUGUUUAUUUGAAUCAUGUUAAGAACCAGUUUAUCUCGAUAACUCGAUUUGUUGGGAUAGGUUUAAUAAUGGGUUAAUUGCAAAUUCGGUCACUGGGUUUACUAAAACUGUUCAUGUUUGGUCACUACAAAUAUUCAAUUCCAUUUGCGGUCACUAAGAUUAGUUCAAUAGUUCAAAUUUGGUCACUCUCCGUUAGUCUCCGUUAAUUUUUGCUUAUGUGGCAGUCAACCUUCAUAGUUGAGUACUGUUAAAUAAGUGACGUGGCAAUUACAAAUUAAUUAAGAAAAUAAAUUUAAACAUUUAAA